UCCAGCACUGCCUUCAUCCAAAAGAAAGCGCCAUUUCAGCGAUUUUCAUUCUACGCACUCUUUAUAAACUAUAAACGUGUUCUGUGAACUAUGGAGGAGUCUUAUCCCAUGGGGCCCCAGCUGCUCAAGGAGCCCGUCUCCUUUUCCGAACUCGUGGACAAUGGCAUUGAGUUCGAGGUGGACUUGGCGCAGCAUAAUGGGGCCAGCAAUGAUGUCGGUCUCGAGAGCGACAGCGACUACGAGGACGCCGAGGAUGUGGACAGCGAGGUGCUGCUUUCCCCAUGGACGCGGUCCUUCGAUGAGCUGCGUGAGCUGAUGAACAGGAUCGACGAGUUCAUGUACAAGAGGGUCACCCGCGAGGGUCACGUGGACCGGGAUCUGGUGCCGGAUAAGGCCAGGGUGUCGGUGCGUUACAGCUUCUACUGGGAGGGCAUGGGCGCUCCCUUCGACUCCUCCAUGCUGCGGGGCACCAAAUUCGAGUUCGAGACUGGUCAGAAAUCGGUGAUCAUGGGCCUGGAGGCCGCUGUGCUCACUAUGCGUCCCUACGAGCAGGCCGAGUUCAUCAUAUCCUACAAGAUGCUGUUCGGGGAGCUGGGUUGCCCGCCCAGGAUCAAGCCCAUGGCGGACGCGCUCUUAAAGGUGGAGGUCAUAGACUAUUCGCUUAUUGGAGAUGCCGAGGCCAUCGAUGGGAUCGCUAAGGAGGACCGCGACAAGUUCUGCGUGGUGUAUCCGAAGGCGCAGGACAUGCACCUGCAUGGAAAGGAUUGCGUUAGGCGCGGGCGCUAUCGCGAUGCGGCGUCUACGUUUGAACGGGCUAUCAAUUCCCUGAACUACUGCCGUUUGGCCAAUGACGAGGAGGAGCGCAGGCAAACUGAUCUGUUGAUUACCCUAAACCAAAAUCUGAUGAUCGUUUACAACAAGCUUAACAAGCCGCAGCGCGCCUGCAUCAUGAUGAAGUCUCUGCGGCGCCUGACCAACAACAAUCCAUCCUGCAAGGCGCUCUUCCUGGAGGGACGCGCCCUAGCUGCUUUGGGCGAGUACGACCGGGCCCGAGAGGCCUUCCUGCAGGCGCAGGCGAAGCAGCCGGAGAACAAGGAGAUCAGCGAUGAAAUCAUUAGAAUGAACAAGAGAAUCAGCCAGUACAAGCAGGCUAGUCGUGAGCUUUGGUCGCGGGCUUUCGCGGCAAAGAACAAAGAAACUGCUGCUCCAAAAACAGCAGCUCAGCAGGAAAAGGAAGCCAAUGAUAAACUUUUCAAGGAAGAACUCGAAGAAGUGAUCAAGGAUUUCGAGAGCUCUGACGAGCCAUCGAUUUGCUUUUCCCGUACAUGUUUUUCGGACGCCCAGUUUGAAACGGUUUGCAAUUUGGCCAAAGAUCACAAUUUGAAGCUAACUUUGUCUUCCGUUCACGGGGAUGCCUUGACUUUGUCUAAGGUGGAAGUCAAGUAGGGCUAAAGUUACUAAACAGUAUUAGAAACGAUAUUUCAUAACCAAAUCGAAAAAAUCAAAACGUUCCAAAUAUGAAGGUAAUUUCGACCAAAGAACUUUGAAACUAUUACCUGCAGCUUUAUAACAUUUUCUUCAAAAGAAAGAAGGAUCUUAAAAGUAUAUUUUAUUAAAGUGCCAAAGCUUUAAUUACGGAAAGGGAAUAAAAAAUUCCGUAAAUAUUUUUUGUUAUUACCACAAUAAACACGACU